AAUAUGUUUAUACGUAGGGAUCUCCAUAGCAACGCAGAGAAAGGCAGUCAUGGGUGCCAAUCAAACAGUGUCGCGCUUUAUUUUUUAAUAAAUUGACAUAAUCGCGCGGUGGCCCAUGAAAGGUACUGACAUCGCUGCUGCUGCUGCUGGAAAUGUGACGAGCGAGCGCGAGGUCGGCUUUUCUUCCUCGAUUUCGAACAAAAAAUGCAAAGUGACGUUCCUCCCUUACCUAUAGCAUGUUUGACCGCUAAUUUACGCCUACCUAGAACUAGUAAUCGCCAAGCCAAGCAGACUGCAGUUCGCGGCAGUAAGAGUACUUCCACAUUUCGAAACAAAAAGUAUAGCUUGAAACCGCACUCGCAAACAAAUAAGUCAGGCGCUGCCGUAGGUGCAACCAGCCCUUACAAGAAUAACGCUCGACUGAACCCCAGUGACACUGCCAACAAACCUCAAGAUCGAAGUGCCAUCAGUCAGCGCGUCUCGUCGGCGAAAAUGCUUCGCAUAAAGCAGCUACAAAACCAGUUGGCCGACGCUCACUUCCACUUGAACGAAUUAUCCAACGAAAACAAACUGCUGAAGGCCAUUCAGAAGAGGCAAGAUGCCGCUUUGAAGCGUUACGAGGGCACCAACGCCGAGUUGCCCAGAAUAAUAAACACGCACCACGAGGACUUGAGGGUGCUGCAGAGCAAGUACAAGAAGCUCAAAUCUCAGUGCAGCAGCCUGAAUGACACGCUCAAGGAGAGGGAUAACGAGCUGCAUUCCUUGCAGGCGCAGAACAAGAAACUUUUGCAACUGAGCAAGGACCGCCACUUGGCAGAGAGGGACAAGUUGCAAGCCCAAGUGUUUGAUUUGACGCACAGGCUCGACGAGCAAAGUGUAACUGUACAGACUUUGAAGCGCAAACUGGAGCUGGAAACCAAGUACCUGAAGCACCAGCUACACGCUGAGAUGGUCAAGCACAAGGAGACUCAGAAGGAGCUGGAACAGGCGCAAACGAAACUGCAACAGCUGGAAAGGCUGAGUGAGCAGAGGCUCAAGCGUUCCUAUCAAGCGAGCCAGCUGACGUAUUAUGGCAGGGCACGAGCCUCGGUGACCAGCCAGUCUCUUACCAAUUUAAGCGACACGCGCUCGGAAAAUCCAUUCAAAUUAUGCAGUUUUAGAAAGCUCGAAAGCGAAUCGACGACGAAUCAGUCGUUGCCCUCUCUAAACGGAGCGCCGUCCACGCCGAUCCGCUCGCAGGACAUCGCAAAGCGAUCCAGCUCGGACGCGCAUCGCGCGAUGUCCGAACGCCUCGCGAGCCUGAAGUCAGCUCAGCAUUUUACACUUUCAAAAUCACCAGCUUCGCAUAGACCAGCACCGCCUUCCACUCCCAGGAGCACCACGGCCGAUUCUCUGAUUGCAGAAUCUGCCACCGACGCGAGCUCGGACAAAACUAAGAGGACGUACGAGCUUCCAAAAUCGCUCAAGAGAGAACUCGACUACUCUACUGGCGACGAAACCAGUAUCAAAGACAGUCGCUCGAAUAGCAAUGACAGUUUGAACGACAACUUCAAUUAUGCCGGCAGGUCGAGAUCUCUACACGCCAGACUAGUCAAUUCAGCCAGCGACGUAGUGCGCACAAAUAAAACCGCAAUCUCCAGUAGAUCGCGAUCAUUAACAAAAGAAAAUUUAGAAAACAUUCUUGAGAAUGAGAGAGAAGUCAAGUAUGAUCGCGACUCCGUUAUUACCGUAAUCUCAAAGGACGCUUUAGUGAAAGACGAUAAUGAGGCCAAUACAAAUGAUAGCAACAGUGACGCCGAAAGUGAAAUGGAAAUCUCGCUGGCAUGUGCCGUCGAUGAAGACAAUAAUGGUCAAAGAAAGUCCGAUGUCAUUAUCGAGGACAUACAAGUUCAAAAACAGCCAAAUACGUCCUCGCAUUUAUCAUCGUUGUUCACUCAUUUACGAAAACCGCCCAACUAUUCGUUCAACUCCAAGAGUGAGGAGAAAGCCGACCCGAACGCCAAUAAAAUUAAUGAAAAAGGUACAAAUGUCUUUAAAAUGUCUACUAAUCAAAUUGUCGACAUUACUGGAGAAGUAGCUAUCCACGACAGAUCGAUUACCAAAAAUAUUCCCCAAACGUCAUGGAACGAUGAUAAUUUACUUGGAAAAGAUGAGCAGGAUAGUCAUGAAAAUGUUCGUUCUCUCAAUGAUCAGAUGACCAGAGAUCAAGAAGAUGACAUUGCAUCUUCAGCUGAGAAACUGAUAGAUGAUAUUACCGAAAAUUUAAAGAAAACCAAAAGAUUGGAAAAUAAUACAAUAGAUACACCUAGUGAGGUGAAUCAGAAUAAAACUAGUCAUGUUAUUUCUAAAAAAAUGGAUUUUAAGGAUGCUGCGGAAUGCAAAACUAAAGUAAAUGAAAAUGGAAACAAGUCUUUUGAUAAGGCAAAAUUAUUAGCUGCAAUGAAGGCAAUUGACGACAAUGACAAUGUUGAAUUUAUUGAUCAAAAGCCACGAAAAAAUAGCGCUUCAAAUCGAUUACGAAUCACAGAGAAUCUAUAUAGAGGACUGCCUACGCAUAAAAAAAAGAGUGAACUCAUGAAAGAACUGUUUUCGAAUGCAAACUUGGACAAUAAUAAAGAUAGGAAUUAA